AGGUUGCAAAAUGAGUGAAAUACUUGAAACAUAAAAGAAAGCAAGAACACGCCACAACUAAGGUUGGGUCCAUGCAUGCAAAUGAUGAAACCAUCUUCUUCUUCUCCUUCUCUUCUCAGAGCCAAACCUCGCUUUUCUCCUUACCUCUUCACCCUCUUAGCUUUCAUUCUCUUUGUUGCCAUCCUCUACGGCCAUGACUUUCUCUUCAUAUUCCGCUCACACCUUCAACUCCACUCCAACGAUGACACACCCGGGGUGGUCUCAUCGGAGAAAAGCAACACGGUGAUGAAAAAACCGGAGGAAGAAAAAGGGUGUGACGUGUUCAACGGAAGGUGGGUACGCGACGGGUUGACUUGGCCACUGUACGAGGAAUCGGAGUGUCCGUACAUACAGCCACAGUUGACUUGUCAAGAACACGGGCGACCCGAUAAGGAUUAUCAACGGUGGCGGUGGCAGCCUCACGGUUGCGAUCUUCCCACAUUCAAUGCCAGUUUGAUGUUGGAAAUGCUCCGAGGGAAGAGGAUGAUGUUUAUUGGAGACUCCCUCAACCGUGGUCAAUAUGUCUCUUUGAUAUGUCUUCUCCAUGGACUUAUUCCUGAACAUGCCAAAUCAAUGGAAACCUUUGAUUCACUCACUGUCUUCACUGCCAAGGAAUACAAUGCUACAAUUGAGUUCUAUUGGGCACCUUUUCUUCUCGAAUCAAACUCCGAUAAUGCUGUCAUCCAUAGGGUAUCUGAUAGAAUUGUGAGAAAGGGUUCAAUCAAUAAGCAUGGUCGUUAUUGGAAAGGUGCAGACAUUGUGGUAUUCAACACCUAUCUUUGGUGGAUAACUGGCUCCAAGAUGAAGAUCUUGCUAGGAUCUUUUAAUGAUGAAGUGAAAGAGAUUGUUGAGCUAUCAACAGAAGAGGCCUAUCGAAUGGCCAUGAAAAGUAUGGUUAGAUGGGUGCAGCAGAACAUGGACCCCAACAAGACAAGAGUCUUCUUUACUAGCAUGUCACCUUCUCAUGCAAAGAGCAUAGAAUGGGGAGGUGAAUCAGAAGGAAAUUGCUACAAUGAAACAACUCCAAUUGAUGAUCCCACAUACUGGGGCUCUGACUCUCUGAAAAGCAUAAUGCAAGUAAUUGAAGAAGUGUUUAAUAAAUCCAAAGUGCCCAUAACAUUUCUCAACAUUACCCAACUUUCUAGCUACCGCAAAGAUGCACACACUUCAAUCUACAAGAAGCAAUGGAGUCCAUUGACUCCAGAGCAAAUAGCUAAUCCUGCUAGCUAUGCUGAUUGUGUGCAUUGGUGUUUACCUGGACUUCAGGAUACUUGGAAUGAGCUUCUAUUUGCAAAAUUAUUUUAUCCAUGAAAGUGCAUCUAAAUUGAUGAGAUCCUCCUCCUCUUGGGUCAAUGGCAUGAAAAAUUGUAAAUGGGGGGAUAUAAUAUUUGGGUUUGUUAGAAAGCAAUAUAUGAAAUGGUAAAAAGGGAAGAAUGAAGGAAAGGAAAGAGCAUUUGUGUACAAUGGUAGUUAACAUCAAAGAAGGAAGAGAAUGUAUAUGAGAAAAUUGAAUUGAUUAUUUUUACCCUGUAAUUGGAAUGCUAACUUCCAAAUUUUG